AUGAGAAUUGUUCAGCUAAGACGAAACCGUCUUUUUAGUAUUAUUAUCUGUAGUAUAUUUGUUCUUUAUACACUAUAUAUUGUUAUCAACUUUUUUUCUGAUAAAUCUAUCAAUAAUUUUAAAGAAUAUUGGUCAGAAAGUUUAAAGGUUAAACAGGAGCCAUUUCUAGCAAAGGACUUAGGUAACUUUGAACCAAAACAUGUAUUAAUUAAAAGUGGACCUGGUGAAAGAGGUAAACCUUACAUUCUUAGAGAAGACCAACAAAAUGAUAUUAUACAAUCAGAAAUAGAUUAUGGCAUGAACAUGGUAUGUUCUGAUGAAAUUUCAUUGGAUAGAUCAAUACCUGAUACAAGAAUGCCUGAAUGUAAACAUUGGAAUUAUCCAGAAACACUUCCAAAAACUAGUGUAAUUAUAGUAUUUCACAAUGAGGGUUGGUCAGUACUCAUGAGAACUGUUCAUAGUGUGAUAAAUCGUACUCCUCCUCAAUAUUUGGAAGAAAUUUUACUUGUAGAUGAUUUUUCUGAUAAAGAUAAUUUAAAGGGAAAUUUAGAUUCCUACAUAGAACAAUGGGGAGACAUAGUUAAAAUAAUAAGAAAUGAUAGAAGAGAGGGUUUAAUAAGGACAAGAUCAUAUGGUGCACGUGAAGCUAAGGGUGAAGUCAUAGUGUUUUUGGAUGCACACUGUGAAGUUAAUAUUAAUUGGUUACCACCUCUUUUAGCUCCAAUAGCUGCUGAUAGAACUGUAAUGACAGUUCCCAUUAUUGAUGGUAUUGAUCACAAGACUUUUGAAUAUCGUCCUGUAUACCAAGAAGGACAUCUGUAUCGGGGUAUAUUUGAAUGGGGAAUGUUGUAUAAAGAAAAUGAACUGCCUGCAAGAGAGAAAAAAACACGACCUUAUAACAGCAUGCCGUACAAGUCUCCUACUCAUGCCGGUGGUUUGUUUGCUAUAAAUCGGGAAUACUUUUUGUCGUUGGGUGGAUAUGACGAUGGAUUAUUUAUUUGGGGUGGUGAAAAUUUUGAAUUAUCGUUUAAAAUAUGGCAGUGUGGAGGAAGUAUUCUUUGGGUACCAUGUUCACACGUUGGUCAUGUAUAUAGAGGGUUCAUGCCUUAUACAUUUGGUAAAUUGGCACAAAAAAAAAAAGGACCAUUAAUAACUAUAAAUUACAAGAGAGUUGUUGAAACUUGGUUUGAUGAUAAAUACAAGGAAUUCUUUUAUACAAGGGAACCACUAGCACAAUUGCUUGAUCAUGGUGAUAUAUCAGAGCAGUUGGAGUUUAAGAAACGAAAAAGAUGUAAAAGCUUUCAGUGGUACAUGGAAAAUGUGGCUUAUGAUGUUUUCGAUAAGUUCCCUGAAUUACCGCCUAAUAUUCACUGGGGAGAGUUGCGAAAUGUAGCAACAGGAACAUGUUUGGAUACAAUGAGCCAUUCUCCUCCUAGUUUAAUGGCUACAACUGAGUGUCAUGGAUUUGGCAAUAAUCAGUUAAUUAGAUUAAACGCGAAAGGUCAAUUAGGUGUUGGAGAACGAUGCAUAUCUGCUGACAACCAAGGAGUGAAAUUCGUAUUUUGCCGUUUAGGGACUGUAGAUGGUCCAUGGCAAUAUGAUGAAAAGACAAAAACUCUUCUACAUAGAGUACACAAAAAGUGCAUGGCACUUCAUCCUCAAACUCAACAAUUAUCACUAAUGCCAUGUGAUAUUAAUAAUACAUAUCAGCAGUGGUCUUUCCAUCAAAUUCAUCCACAAUGGUGAAAAAACGUAAGUACUGGUGCUGUUUGCAUAUGAAGUGUACUAUGCCAGUCAAAGACUUUUGGCAAAACUUUACCUAUGCAUUAACUAUUCUUCUUUUAUACAACAAAUAAUAAUUAAGACACAUUUUUUUCUAUCAUAAAUGGUUCAAACAUUUGUGCAAACUCAAA